CUUGACUCUCAACUUUGGAAAUGGCUAAAAGACUGGAGUCAUUAUCGCUUGUCUCUUUCCUUCCUCCCACAUCCUAACCCCUCUGUACAUGUAUUUCUCGAGUACCGCCCCUCCCGAAAAGGGCUCUUUCCACGAGAAGGAUCGUACCAGCGCCGAAGCGGGUUCGACCACCUCCGAGCUUGCCCCGACAGAGAUUGGGCGUGUCCUGCGCAAGCUCGACUGGCAUUUAUUGCCCUUCGUCAGUCUUCUUUACCUGCUCUCGUUUCUGUAUGUUCCUGCCAUGCCUACCAUCCUUGUUCUCUCCAUUGACCAUUCGGAUCCCAGUGACCGCGCCAACAUCGGGAAUGCUCGAGUAGCGGGAAUGGCGACUGACGCCCAUCUCACCGGCUUACGAUAUAACACGGUUGCCGCGGUGUUCUUCCUCCCCUACGCGUUUGCAGAGAUCCCGUCGAAUAUCCUGUUGAAGCUCAUCAGGCCCUCGCGAUGGAUCCCCUCAAUAAUGCUCGCUUGGGGACUGGUCAUGACUCUAAUGUGCUUAUGCAAAACUUAUGAGGAUCUCAUCGCGGCCCGGGUCUUCCUCGGAUUGACUGAAGCGGGCCUCUUUCCCGGCGUCACAUUCUAUCUUUCGUUAUGGUAUCGUAAACGAGAUGUCGCUGCCCGUAUUGCCAUCUUCUUCUCUGCCGCCACCAUCGCUGGAGCCUUUGGUGGUAUUCUGGCGUAUUUGAUCGAGAAGAUGGAAGGCAUUGGAGGGCUCCAUGGAUGGCAGUGGAUUUUUUGUUUGGAGGGAUUGGCGACUGUUCUAGUGGCCCUGACGUCGUAUUUCACGAUGUAUGAUUAUCCGGAAACAGCGACCUUUUUGACCGAUGAAGAACGAGUGGUGGUCAUCCGAAUGUUGAGAGAAGAUAGCCAAGCUAUGGCUACGCAUUUUGCCUUCAAAUUCGUUUGGCAGGCGUUGAGAGACUGGAGGAGUUGGUGCCAACUCGGUAUCUAUUGGGGAAUCGCCAUCCCCGUCUAUGCCAUCGCACUCUUCACGCCCACCAUCGUUAAUGAGCUCGGAUUCACUGCGGCCGAAGCACAAUUGCUCACCAUCCCCGUCUUCGUCGCCGGUUGUUUCGCGACGAUCGCCGUCGGAAUCUUAUCAGAUAGAUACAACCUGCGUGGACCAUUCGUCGUUGGCGGCGCGUUUGUUUCGCUCGUCGGCUAUAUUGUGUUAUACACGCAGAGGGCACCUGGGGCAGCUUAUGCCGGUGCGGUGCUUGCUGCAGUUGGCAUCUAUCCCACUGUUGCUGUUGACCUGGCGUGGGCGGGCAGCAUGGCCGGCGGCGAUGUGAGGAGAGGAGUGGUUAUUGCCAUGAUCAUUGGACUGGGGAAUCUAGGAGGAAUCUGCUCAUCCUACAUCUACAUCACACCACCCUAUUUCCACAUCGGCCACGGGACCAUGAUGGGCUGGCUCAGUCUCACCAUCAUCCUCUCGUGUGUGGCCAUGUGGGACUACAAUCGCACCAACAAAAAGCGGGACGAGUACUGCAAGCGGGAGGGAAUUGAUGAGAGCAGGAGAGACGAAUUUAGAGAUAUGGGCAGCGAGAGUCCGCUCUUUCGAUAUACCAUCUGAAAUAUUGUUUGAUAUUUUCUGGGUAUAAUUUGAUGAAUUGUAAACAUAUUUCUCGCGGCCCACGCCCACCAACGACCAUGCAAGGCUGGAAUAGAUGCCAAUUAGUUUGAAGAAUUUGUGACUGCGUCAGGAAAGCCCCGUCCUGUUCAAGUUUCGGGUCUAUAAGCUACCGUGUGCUGGCAUUAUAUUGGACUUGUGUGCUGGUUAGAGACGAACGUGGCACAAUUGGGAGGAAAGGUGCAUCGAGUAUUGAUUUUGGCUACCGGCGCGUGGAAACCGGGGGAAACGGCCCAUAUUUGGGAUGAUUCCAGUGCAAAUGAUACAAACCAGCCUCUGAAAUGUUGA